AUGGCUUUGCUGCAAUACCAAGCGCCGGUCGAUUACGCCGCGCAACUCGACGGCUUCAAGGAUUUUUUGCAACAUUUUAAGACCCUCCAGUCCACCUCAGAAGCUGCUGCGACCGAAGCUUUGGAAGAUUUGCACAUCGAUGGGAACCGGACCAGUGACGAAUAUGAUUUCAUGGACGAUGCCGACGACGAGGGAGCAACCACACGGGGAGCGAGGAGGCACCGAGAGCCUAAGCUCAAGUACAUGCAAAUUCUGCAAGAUAUUGCCAAUCGCGACGCAUCAAACGUUCUCAUUGAGCUCGACGACUUGGAUGUUUAUGAAAAGACCUUGCCGGAGGAAAUGCAGCAGAGCUUGAAGCUGGUUGAUUCUAUCCAAAAGAACACGAAGCGGUACAUUGAUGUUUUCUCACAAGCCGUGGACGCAGUCAUGCCGAAGGAGACCAAGGAGAUUACGUUCAAGGACGAUGUGCUGGAUGUGAUCAUGUCUCAACGUGAGAAGCGCAAUGAGACCCAACAGAUGCAGGCGGAGGCGGAUAUGGAUGCCGCUCCCGUCGCUUCAUUGUUCCCACCUGAGUUGACUCGACGAUACACACUCAAUUUCAAGCCGCUCACACCCUCUAGCUCCAGCAGCGACCGUGCAGGCAAAGCAUUGGCGGUGCGAAAUGUCCGUGGUGAGCACCUCGGCACAUUGAUUACCGUUCGCGGUAUUACCACCCGUGUCUCCGAUGUCAAGCCUGCCGUACAGAUCAAUGCCUACACUUGCGAUGUCUGUGGAUGUGAAGUUUUCCAGCCUGUGACGACCAAGCAAUUCAUGCCUCUGUCAGAGUGCCUUUCGGAAGACUGCAAGAAGAACAAUACCAAGGGCCAGCUCUUCCUGUCGACUCGGGCGUCUAAGUUUGUACCUUUCCAGGAAGUCAAAAUUCAAGAGAUGGCCGACCAAGUGCCGGUGGGACAUAUCCCUCGCACUAUGACUGUUCACUGCCACGGAGCUCAGACCCGCCAAUUGAACCCUGGUGACGUGGUUGAUAUCGCUGGAAUCUUCUUGCCCACUCCAUACACGGGUUUCCGUGCCAUUCGCGCCGGUCUCUUGACCGAUACAUACUUGGAAGCUCAGAAUAUCACUCAGCACAAGAAGGCGUACAACGAGAUUGGUAUGGAUGCCCGCACUCUGAAGAAAAUCGAGCAGUAUCGCAACUCCGGCAACAUGUACGAGUAUCUGUCGCGUUCGAUUGCACCCGAAAUCUUUGGGCAUCUUGAUGUCAAGAAGGCUUUGCUGCUCAUGUUGAUCGGCGGUGUCACUAAAGAGAUGGGUGACGGUAUGCACAUUCGUGGUGACAUUAACAUCUGCCUAAUGGGUGACCCUGGUGUUGCCAAAUCUCAAUUACUCCGAUACAUUACCAAGGUCGCGCCUCGCGGUGUGUACACCACCGGUCGUGGUAGUAGUGGUGUUGGUCUGACUGCUGCGGUGAUGAGAGACCCUGUUACCGAUGAAAUGAUGUUGGAAGGUGGUGCUCUGGUUCUCGCGGAUAACGGAAUUUGCUGUAUCGACGAGUUUGAUAAGAUGGACGAUUCGGACCGAACUGCUAUCCACGAAGUCAUGGAGCAACAGACCAUCUCUAUCUCCAAAGCAGGCAUCAACACGACUUUGAAUGCACGUACCUCCAUCCUCGCGGCUGCCAACCCACUCUAUGGUCGCUAUAACCCUCGAAUCUCCCCUGUUGAGAACAUCAACCUCCCAGCCGCUCUUCUCUCACGUUUUGAUGUUAUGUUCCUGCUGCUGGACUCCCCUUCGCGCGAGACAGACGAGGAGCUCGCCAAUCACGUCACCUACGUCCACAUGCAUAACAAGCACCCCGAGAGCGAGGACGCAGGUGUCAUGUUCACACCUCAUGAAGUUCGUCAGUAUAUCGCCAAGGCUCGCACCUACCGGCCGGUGGUGCCCACAAGCGUGUCCGACUACAUGGUCGGCGCAUACGUCGCCAUGCGUAAGCGCCAGAAGAAGGACGAGGCUCGCAAACAGCAAUUCUCCCACGUUACACCCCGUACGCUAUUGGGUAUUGUGCGUCUCUCGCAGGCUUUGGCUCGUCUUCGCUUCAGCGAGGAGGUCGUCCGCGAAGAUGUUGACGAAGCUCUGCGCCUCAUUGAGGUUAGCAAGGCCUCUCUGUACAACGAUGGCGAGUCUGUUGCCGAUCAUACCCCCAGCAGCAAGAUCUACACUCUGAUUCGCACUUUGCGGGAGAGUGGAGCUGCCGCUAUUGGUGACGAUGAAGACAAUGCGCUUAGCGUGAGACGUAUUCGGGAACGUGUCCUGGCGAAGGGAUUCACCGAAGAUCAACUCACUACAACACUCGAGGAAUAUGCUAAUCUGGGCAUCUGGCAAAUUAUCGGAAAUGGCUCGCGCCUGGUAUUCCUUGACGGAGACGAUGAGAUGGACGGCUAA